AUGGAAACUCAAAAGGUUACGUUGAAAAGCAACGAUGAGGUAGAGUUCACAGUUAAUGUGUUAGCUGCUAGUCGUUCCGUCUUGCUCAAAAAUAUGAUUGAAGACAUUGGAGACACCGAUCAAGUAAUUCCUCUUCCUAAUGUUAAAGAAACAGUGUUAAGGAAAGUGCUUGAAUGGUGUGAAUAUCAUGCAAAAGAUUCACAUUUAUUCGAUGACCAUGAUGAUGCUCAUAAGAAACUUAUUGAGAUUGAUGAUUGGGAUCAAAAAUAUUUGGAUUUGGAGCAUGAUAUGCUUUUUGAGAUUAUCUUGGCAGCAAAUUAUUUGGAUAUAAAACCAUUAUUGGAUAUUUCGUGUAAAAAUAUUGCAAAUAUGAUUAGAGAGAGGUCACCCGAGGAAAUAAGAUCUAUGUUCAAUAUACAGAAUGAUUUUACACAGGAAGAAGAAGAUCAAAUACGCAAAGAAAAUGAAUGGGCUGAAUGCAGAUAA